AGUUCGCGAAGACAUGCAAGCCUACACACUACCACUGAUUGCUUGCCGAUCUGAUGUUGUAGCAACGACAUUGUGUCGCAGCUUCAAGUCGGACAAUCGGGACAACUGCAACCCCGAUAACCGUUGCCAUCAAAUCACACCAAGUUGUUACCCACAAUCGUGCAUUGUGUGGUAGUGACAGGGCUUCAAUGCGACUGUUCGAGGUAAACAAGAACGCUUGGCGUCCUGAGUCUGAAUGUUGGAAACAGCUCCAGCCACCGCAUGGAUCAAGGAGUUCAAAGGUCGUUGUUGAACAUUUUCUAUGGGCGCUCGGAUCCGCUGGCUUCAGCGGCUAAAGCUCCUAAAGAUUCAGACCCCAGCUCGUCCAAAACGUCAAACGUGUCUGCCCAAGAAACGGCAGCCUUUUGAAAUCCCGAUUGUCGCAGUCCCGCAGCUGAAGAGCACCAAGAUGGGGCCUGUCCUGCGGAACCUUCCCAGUAACCAUGGGCAGCAUGCGGCCGCAGUGGCCUGUAACAGUGACAGUAGUAAAGUCUUAUUAAGAGACUUCAGGACCCCCAUCGCCCCCAUCGGCAGAAGGAGCUCCUCCCCCACAUUCACUUCGAGCAUCGUGACGAGAUCUGCGACUCCAGAUACCCGCCUCCGGACAAUCCGUACACAUUGCAGCAACACAUUUGCAUCAGGAAGGACAGCCUCCAUACAUCUACCUAGACAAGCCAGCACCAUGGCUUCCGCAACAAGCAUCUAUGACUUCAAGCCCCUGGACAAGAAGGGCACUGAGAAGCCCAUGUCGGACUUCGCAGGCAAGGUCGUGCUGAUCGUCAACACGGCAUCCAAGUGCGGCUUCACGCCGCAGUAUGCCGGCCUCGAGAAGCUGUACAAAGAUGUCACGGCCAAGCACCCGGACGAAUUUGUCAUCUUGGGCUUCCCCUGUAACCAGUUCGGCGGCCAGGAACCCGGCUCCGACGAUGACAUCCAGGAGUUCUGCCAGCUCAACUACGGCGUCAGCUUCCCCAUCAUGGGCAAGAUCGACGUCAACGGCGAGAAGGCCAGCCCACUGUUCCAGUACUUGAAGAACGAGAAGCCGGGUCUGUUGGGGUACAAGCCCGUCAAGUGGAACUUUGAGAAGUUCCUCAUUGGCAAGGACGGCAAGGCGAAGGGGCGCUGGGCUAGCGUCACCAAGCCUGAGUCGCUGGAGAAACACAUUUUGGCCGAGUUGGAAGCUCAGUCGUAAGUUAGUCAGUCAGUCAGUCAAAUUGGAGGAUGUGUGCAGAAAUCGACUUGCAGAUGCGUCGGCCAGGGUUGACUUCUACCCACAAGAAGAUGUAGCAGCUCGAAAGUCUGUAGUUAAACCAGCAAACCAACUUACAAGGAAGAGAA